ACUCGCGGGGAAGUCUACUCCACAUGACGCACACAGGCGUGGUCUGCACGGUCCUGUCUGACAGCACCAGGGCAGAGCUUGCUGUUACAAAGUUCAGUUUGCAUCAGAAAAGGGGUGGGGCCCAGGGCUUAGCAAUAAAUACAGGAAACGGAGAGAUAUGGCACAGAAGGUCGGGAUCAACACACAGCAGCGCCGACAAUAGAACGCCGUUCAUGUCAACACAUAAAAGGCGAACCAUUGAGAUCAUCGCGUACACAUCGAACAAGUCGAUUUAUUGGGUUCUCGUUUUGAACCGCUGUUCAAACGGAGUGGUAUGAAUGAGAACCUGGACGCUCAGGAGGAUGAGCUGCUGGCUCUGGAAAGCAUCUUCGGCCCCGAGGUGUUCGUGCGGGCGGCGGACGGGACGCGCGCGGCCGCCGCGGGGGAGCUGCGCGUGUCCGUUGAGCUGCCGCAGGACUUCUUCGUAGCUGUCAAAGACGGCGAUGCCUUCGUUUAUUACGGAGUCUCGUCGCUUCCAACGCUGACUCUCAGGUUCGAGCUGCCGGAGGGUUAUCCAUCCUCCAGCCCCCCGACGUUCACUCUCGGCUGCAGCUGGCUGACCGACGCACAGGUGUUUGCGUUGGACGCUCAGCUCGCUGCUCUGUACCAAGCCACCGGCGGCGCUGUUGUGCUCUUUUCCUGGGUGCAGUUCCUCAAAGAAGACGCCUUAAGCAUCCUAAACGUCAACUCUCUGCUGGUGCUUCCCUAUAACGUAAACAGCCCUCCUUGUUCUGAAGAUGUUACCUCCCCUGCUCCGAACUCUGGCAGCGACCGCGCCGACCGGGCCGCGGCUCCCAGAGACAUCCGAGACUCUGAGGGGGCGGCCGGCCUCGCUCCAGCCCUAAAGGAUUUUCCGCUAAUCGAUAAUCUCCCCGAUGAGGAGGAACCCUCAGACGGGGGCGGUACGACCGCUCGGACUGUGAACAGUCCUGAUGAUGAUGAUGAUGAUGAUGUUGAUGAUGAUUACACUGCACCUCUCAGCUCAGAGAGUACAGACGGCGUUCCCGCCUUAAACCAAAGCACCUCAAAACCAGACGGCAGCUCACGUGGGGCGGCGGCCCAUCUCCCCGAGGCCUGCGGCCGUCCCUGUUCCUCCUCCUCCACCCCUCCGGCCGCUGCGGCGGCCCCCGCCCCCCCGCCGCGGGCCCCCUCCUCCUCCCAGACUCUGCUGUCCGUCAUCCUGCUCCACGACGCCGCCCAGAGGCAGCGGCGGUUCGCGGAGAGCGUGCGGGACUGCGGCGUGUGUCUGGCGCCCGUGCUGGGCGCCAAGUGCAUGCAGCUCAGGGACUGCGAGCACGUGCACUGCGAGCCCUGCCUGGCCCAGUACUGCACCGGCCUGAUCGCCGAGGGCAACGUGCGCGGCGUCACCUGCCCGCAUCCCCGCUGCAAGGCCACGCCCACUCCGGCACAGGUGAGGAGGCUCGUGGGAGACGACCUCUUCUACCGCUACGAACGUCUCCUGUUCCAGACCACUCUGGACUCGAUGACGGACGUGGUGUACUGCCCGCGGGUGUUCUGCGCCAGUGCGGUGAUCGUGGAGCCCGGCAGCGACGUGGCCCAGUGCUCCGUGUGCAGCUUCGCCUUCUGCGUGGCCUGCAGACAGAGCUACCAUGGGAGGGGGCCCUGUCCGGCAGCCGGCCCCCCCAGGAGGACAGCCAACGAGGAGCGGGACUACGCAGACAUCCCACAUUCUCUGGAGGGUAUGAUGGCGCUCUGGGAGGACUACUGCAGUGGCAGCGCUCAGAGGAAGAAGCUGUUGGAGCAGCGCUAUGGCACCCGGGUCCUGAAUACCUCCAUGUCGAAUUACCUGAACGAAGGCUGGUACGUCAACAACGAGACCAAAAACUGCCCUUACUGCAAGGCCACAAUACAGAAAAAUGGUGGAUGCGACCAUAUGCAUUGUGCCGUCUGUGAGCGGCAUUUCUUAUGGGAAAAUCUGCCGAUCAACAAGUACGUACCGUAGCCAACAUUAACACUGUCCCUUACUUUAUACAGGUAGCUACCGUUAUAAUCUAUUGCUACAUAGCCAACGUUAGCCUUAAUAGUCGUUAUUUAGCAGUUCAGCCUCAAACUUCUUUCCUUUAUUCAGCGGGUAACUCUUGUUUUGCCUCUAUUUCUAUAAUUUUCUUGGCCACCAUGGACGAGAGGUUAGACUACGCCAUCUUUCUCAUCGUGUAGUUUUACAAAACGUUACGGGCAAGCUGGGGUGCUAGCUGGCCUAGCUGCUAACUCAAGUAAACAUCUGUAACAAUUGUAAUGGGAAAAUUAUAACUAAUUAUAACUAUUUUAACUGCCAUUUGUUGAUUAUGCCUUUUGGCUGACAUCCUUGGGGUGGUCAAGGGUCAAAGAUAGCACUAGGAACAGGAGGAGUGGCUAGACAAUGCAAGGAAUAGGAGACAGAGCUUGAAUGAUGAAGGGGAAACAACAUGAUGGAUUUUUCCAUCACACAUGUGUGGAGCAGAGCUGAUCUCAGCAGUUCUGAGACCUGUGCCACGGUAUAAGAAGUCCUCGCAUUAGACAAUGCGUCGGACAUCAGCUUGCGGCCUCUUGGAGAGACGCACGGGGAACUCCCAUCUAGGCCUUCGAUUAUUGUGUAUUAUAUUUUAUUGUUUGUUGUAUCAUUGCUUGUAUGUUAUUGUACUGUUAUUACCCAAAUAUAUGAACAUAAUUGUUAUAAGUUCGGAUGACUCUUUCUUCUACCUGCAGUUUGGUCAGUUUAUGAUUGACUUUACAUUAGACUUUACAUUAAUUAACCAUUAAUUAACAUAAGUUGCAGUAAUAAGCAUGAACUAACGAUCAACUAACCAUUGGUCUAAAUUUAACUUAUGGAUUAUUAACUAUUCAUCGAGAUUGGUUAAUGCAGUAAUAAGCAUUAUUGUAUAGUGUAUAUAUAUACAUUAUAAUAUAUGUAUGUGUGUAUAUAUUAUCUUUAGCAUAGGAGUCAGGGUUAGAGUAAGAGUGGACGGGUAAGGGUUAACAAUGUGAUCAUUAAUAUCUUUGUUAAGAUGAACCCCUUAGUAAAUUAUAACUAGACCAUUAGAAAACUGUUUUACUAUUUUACCCAUAUUUUUGAGUUGUACUAAACAUCUCUGCAACACAAUACGUAGCAUAUUUCACAUUACAUCCAAACUGUAAUUUCUUCAGAUCCUGUUGUUAAUUGUAAUUCUUUAAAUUGUUUAUGUUUUAAACUGUAUGUUUUGCACCUUUGAGUAAGUUAUAUAAAGGAUUGGCAAGAUCUGAAUGUAUUUUGGCUCAUUAUUAGACAUGUUUAAUGAAUUGAUAUUCAUAACGUAAUAAAGGAAUGCUAAAAAUGAA